AUGGACCCCGAAGACCCGCUAGUCCAGGCCUUGCCGCCAGCGACCGACUAUCUCACCUACCUCACGCUGCUGGAAUAUCAGUUGACCCCUAAACGUCUGCCGCUGUUGCACCAACUGCUGCAAGAUGAGCGCCUUACCACCAACAUCGGUUGGGAUCUCGUCAAGCUCCUCUUGCCAAUGCUUCCCGCUUCCACCGAGUGUCUACAAGAUGUCGCUCGACUUGGAAACCCACGAGAAGUUAUCCUGCGUGUAUCCGAAGCCUUGAUGCAGCUCCAACCCGAGGAGGACGAGGAGGAUGAGGAGGCCGCGGAUGACGCGUUGGCGAAACAUAUCCUGCAGUUCAAUUGUCUCCUGUCCAUGCUAUCAGUGCUUCAUGGAAGAAUCCAAACCAAAUCUCCCAGUCGUUUCAUCGCAACCUCGCUCCAGGCAGCACUCGAGGCCUACACAGCCAUGCCUUGCGAUGAGACCACCCUGGCCCUGCUGGAGUUCCUUCGCGACCUCUCUCCCAGCAAGCGACCGGCCCCACCUCCACGAGCCCCGAGCGAGUCGAGCGUGCUGCGGACAGCGAAAGCCUCUGCUCCAGAUCCCGAACCAGAGGUAGCGGUGCCGUCUCCGUCGGCAACUAACGAGACCUUGUUGGUGAGGAAGUUCAUCCAAUUUGGGUUGAUCGAGCUGUUCAAGUCAUACCUGUUGAGCUUCUCGGGCCCAAUGGACCCUGGCAUGUCUUGGACCGUUCGUAUGCAAGAACAUUUGCAUCCGUCUCUGCAGUUACCAGAACAGUCGCAGACACAGGCAUACUCCACCACAAAAGAGCUCAAGGAGCGGGACAUGCUAAUGGGCAAGAUCGUGGCACUGUCGCGAGACAUCGGAAUCGACAGCACUGAGCUAUUGUCAAUUGUUUCCCGCUCUUCAGAUGAACACCGGCCUCCGCUGGAUUUUGAAGAGCCCCCCGCUUCCCCGGACGAGAUUCCUUUGGAACGCCACGGCUCACUGUUGCUUCUUGCAGCCCGUGCUGCAGGGUCUACUCUCUUCAUAUCUGGCAAUAUGAUGCCGCCGUUAUCUGUUUUUCCAGAUAUAGCCGUGAUCUUCACAAAUUUCUUGGGAGCACCCGAGAAUGUGCAUGAAGUAACUUAUGGCGAGCCCCAGGCACUGCUAGACUCCUUGCUGGCUCUGACCGUGCAUGCCAUGCAAAACCCAAUUGUAACCCCUUCGAGCGAGACAGAAUUCAAGAACUUUGUCAUCGCUUUAACCGCAUGCACCGCGCGCCAGACACAUGGCAUUGUCCGACAAAUACCGACGACCAUCGUUCAUAGCCACCCGUCUUCUUCCACGCGGUUCAAGCUUAUUCGCUCUAUCCUAGAAGCGUCCAAUUUGACAACUAUCCGUGAUAGUGCUGUGACAUGGCUGAGAGAGGAAAUUAUAGGCCACGUUCAUGAAUCGGCGGAGACCGUCUUCCAUGACCCGCUCCACUUCUGGAUUCUGUUCCAGUCACUUUUCACGUCUGUGAAUGCAGCUUCCUCGGCAAGCAUACUGGACAGUUGGACGUGCCUGACGCAGACUCAGGGCCCUGCUUUGCAUUCCGCUUUGAAUCUGUACUAUCUCCUUCUAUCAUCGCCUUCUCUCAGAGAUACUUUGCAACUGGAAAAGACUGUGGUGUUCUUCCGCAGCCAAGUGCUCGAACCUCUAUACAAGCUGUUUCGUGCCUUCGAAUCCGACCUUACUGCCAAGGGAGGCGACGGCAUCAUCGAGUCUGCGGUCGGCGAGGAGAUGUGCCAAGUUGGCAAUGCUCGGUCCGUUGGGCUAAUUGGUCUCACACUUGAUCAGAUUGAAGAGGCGAUUCACGAUGCAUAUGGAACCGAUGACUCGGACCUGAAGACUUUUACGCAGGAAGAGGAAACCCGAGCGUCUGAGAUUCGGAAAGAGACUGAAGGCUGGCAAUAG